AUGAAAUUCAAGGCCGUGCUGACGGAACGGGGCAGGCGGGCCCUGGACCGCGCGUUCCUGCCCACGCUGGAGAAGUUUGGCAAGACGUGCCAGCUGCUCCUGUCCCCGACCGAGACCCACGUCGUGGUCCCGCCGGACCACGCCGACGGCGCUCUCAUCGUGGCAAAGAUGGCAACGAAUGUUCUGUUCGCGGAGGGCACGCUGGUGUGCUCGUCCAAGUGCAACGACUACAUCGCGUUCUCGACGGACACAGCCGUGCUCAUCCGCGUCCUGCGCAACCUCCACGACAACGACUGCGAAACGAUCGAAAUGAAGCUGACGAACAGGGCGACCGCGGUGCCGAACACCAGCGACACCAUCAGGAAGCCCUACCUGUCCUUCUACGGCACGGGUGUGAACGUAAACGUCGUGCAGGACGUAGAGAUAUCGCGGCCCUUCAAGCCGGGCGACGUCGAAGCGCUGGUCGACCAAAUCAACGCCGGCGACCUGUGCGACUUCUACCUGGACCUGCUCCCGGAGGUGUCGCGGCUGUCGGUGGUCCUGGAGCGCCUGCGCAGCAUCAGCCCCGCACUGUCGCUGUCGGCCACGCACGAGGGCGACCUGCACCUCCAGGCGCGGUCGUCCGGAGUGUCGCUAGGGGCGGAAAUAUCCGGCAUCGACGUCAGGCCGGACAGCGUCGCGAGCACCGCGCGGCCCUUGCGAGAGGACACCGCCGAGGGGCGCUUGCGGGAGGCAAAGGCGCUCGGACAGGCUGUGUCCGCCGAGGUCAACCUGCGGCACGUGAAGCGUGCGCUCGACGCAGCACCGCUGACGGUGCCGAUGCAGAUGCUGUGCGGCAUCAACCCGCACGCGGGCGUCGUUCACAUCAUGUUUGCGUACGCCGACCCGAACGCGUCCGACAUGCAGCUCGACGAGUCCCUGGACCUCGCCAUGAAGCUGCCGCUGACCGUGUCUGCGGAGGAGGACGAUGACUAG